GAAUAUACAAUGGUCGGUAAGAAAGAAAUUUGGUGAUAAGAAAAUGUUCAGUGCACUAUUUCCUGUCAAAGCCAAAGUGAAAGUGUGAUGUUUUUCUGUAUCUGAAUAGCCAGAAAAGGAAUCUUCAAUAAAAAAGCAAUUUUAUCGUCAUAAAAAUGCUGAAAAAUAUUUUUAAUAUUUUAAACGAAUUCAUUGAAGAAUAUAACUUCAAUGCACUGAACUUUAUUUUUAUAGGUUUUAUUGUAGUGAUUGUAGUUUUCGGUAGUCUUGUUAAUCUUGUCGAAUCGUUAUUGCCCAAUUGCUUGCGACAAUCAUUUCGUUAUGGCAAGCACAGCUAUAAGGGUCCGGCAAAUGCUUUGAUUAGCAGCAUGGAGUUACCAAAGAGUUGGUUUAAACAUUUUUACAUUUUCGCUUUUACUUGGUCAAUGCUGGCACUUUUCCUGGUGAUGAAGGGACUUCUUAUGAAAACUGAAGCGCCAGAGGUGGUGCUUGUGUUUUUGGACUUUAUAGCUGGUGGUAAAACAAAUAGAUAUGUUCAAGUUGAUUCCACCUGUGCAUUCGUGGCUACAGUGCUUAUGACUAUGCAAUGCGGUAGACGAUUUUAUGAGACGAAUUUCGUACAAAUAUUCUCAAAAAAUAGUAAAAUUAAUUGGAGUCAUUAUUUGGUGGGGCACAUGCACUAUUUUGGUGCUAUAUUAGCGUUAUUAAGCAACACAGAAGGCUUUGUGCGAGGUACACUACCCUCAGCAUUCUCUUUCAAGAACAUUUCACUGCUGCAAUACCUCUGCAUAUUUAUUUUUUACAUUAGUUGGACACAACAAUACAAGUCCAAUAUGAUACUAGUCAACCUACGCAAGGAUACUAAAAGUGGUGAAGUAAAAACCGAGCGUCAUUUACUGCCGACUGGAGGAUUCUUUAACAUGAUUUCCUCGCCCCACAUGUUUUUCGAAGUUGUUAUGUAUGUGGCGUUGUUAGGCCUGUUACCUAGAAGUGUUACUUGGCUCUUAAUAUUUAUUUGGGUUUACUCCAAUCAGUUAAUGAAUGCUUUGCUCACACACAAGUGGUAUAAGGAAAAUUUCAAAAAUUACCCAAAAAAUAGGAAAGCGCUUAUACCUUUCAUCUUGUAAAUGAUUUUUACAUAAACUAUGUAUAGAAAAUAGUUAGACAAUUUUUUAUAUUCAUACAAUACUCGUAACGAUUCACACCUUUAAAGGAAGGUGAUACACAUUCCGUCGCAUUACUGGAAAAUAAAAUCGCGUAUGUUUCAAUACAGUUUUAUUGAACUUCUUUUAA